AUGGAUCCAGGCUCGGGCUCUCCCUCGCAACGCAUUCAGUACAAGCCUCUCGACGCUUCCCACAACGAGAUUCGAAAUGAAAAUAGUGGGAACUUGGAGGAAGCAGGAGACGUAAAGGUACAGAGCACAACGGUUGAUUCCAUAUACGCCUUGCAAGAUUUGCCAGGGAAAGGGAAAGGUCUCGUUGCAAGGGAGAAGAUCUCCAAGGGCACGCGAAUUCUUUCUGAAGAGGCCGUAGUUACACUCAGUGCAUCGGUCGGCAGCGAGCGGCUUCGAACAUCCAUCUGCCAGCAAGUUGAAGCCCUUAGCGAAAACCAGCGGCGAGACUUCCUAUCCAUGCACAACAUCCACCCAUACAGGAAUACUGCUGAGCAGUAUCUCGGGAUUUUUCGAACAAACUCCCUACCUGUCGAAGCCGUUGGAGAUAAAGGGGCAAUCUUUCUGGAAGCAUGUCGCAUCAACCACGCUUGCGAUAAUAAUGCACAGAAGAACUGGAACGAAAAUAUCAAACGACACACAGUACAUGCUCUGAAAGACAUCAACAAAGGCGAAGAGAUUACGAUAACCUACCUAGGCCCUCUCAAGAACCGCAAAACACGGCAGAAGGCUCUUCAGGAAAAGUUCCACUUUACAUGUUUGUGCCAUCUCUGCUCCUUACCGCCAGAGAAGAGCCAGGAAAGCGACAGGAGAUUAGAGGAGAUCCACCGCUUGGACUGUGUCAUCGACCAACUCGGCACAGAGGGGGUUUUGGUAUCCCCACUCCGGACCCUUCGCUACUUGGAUCAACAGGUACGUCUAUAUAACGAGCAAGGGCGAGAGGACGUUGGUUUUGCGCAGGCCUUUGUCAAUGCCGCUCAGCUCGUUGUCGCCAAUAGCGACUUGGCAAGGGGACGUGUCUUCGCGGAGAGGGCGGCGUCUGUUUGGAAGACAACCCUUGGCGGUGACAGCGCGGAAGCUAUCCAGCACGGAGCUCUAGCACAGGAUCCCUCGAAUUACGAGCUAUUCGGAAUCUCAAUGAAGUGGAAGACGAAAGUGAAUGAAACCCCGCAAGGACUUGAACCGGGCGACUUCGAAGACUGGCUUUGGAAGAGGGAGAAGCCAAACCAUCCCGGACAGCUGGCGGAUCUACGGAGCCGCACGAAUUUCCCCGGGUUUAUUGACCUCCCGGACGAGAACGGCGUCGACCCGGAUUUUUAUGAGAGAAGCAAUAUAGGUACAUACCAACCGCGACGCCAUUGGUGCUUCUUUGGUGAGAUUGUGGAUUUCGCUUCGAUACUUCGUCUGCAGAUGGAGAUCAAGGAUGUUGACGGUACGACAAUUCCGCUAUACUUCUAUACCGAUAGCCGAGGCAGUGAAUUGGCAGCAGGACAGGUUCAAAAGGGCUAUACGGUCGCCAUUCUCUACGCAGAGCGCCACGUAUUUAUGUCCGGUGAAACCGGUAUCCGCCAUGAGAAUCCGCCGUUGAUCAAGAUCUUUCCACUGUCACUGGAUAAGCUGCUAGUGUUGAACGACCAGAUCCAACAGUUCUCGGCAGAGAUAAAUGGUAUGAAAAUAUGUCACGGGUGCGGAAAGAAGGCGGCCUCUUUGCAACAGUGUGGCAAGUGCUUGUUUUUCUGGUAUUGCAAUAAGGCCUGCCAAGUAGCUGGCUGGAACGAGAAAGGACACAAGGCUGAUUGUAAGCUCCUUAAAGAUCCCAAUUUGCGAGGAUUGGUCAAACGAAACCUAUCCGAAGCUGAGACAACACAGUCUGGUCCCAAGCGCGCAAAGAACAUGAAAGGGACAAGCAAGUAUGAGCGAUCGGAGGACGAGAAUUCUGAUUAUUAUGACGAAAGAUCGGACUACUCGGAAGGAGACGAGAAACCGCGGCGAAUCCUUACUUUCAAAGAACUUCAAGUCGCUUACCCACUUCCGAUGAUCAGAGAUCUUAAAGCCCGGAAAUUGGUCCAAGAUCGUACACCCUCCGCCGCGGCGAGCAGCAAUAAAAAUAAGGACGUGGCCGUAGUUUAUACCGUCGCACAUGCGAAACAUGGUCCAUAUAUGGGCCACGAGUUCGACUUUUUAGGCACAUAUAGUAGUCUCGAAGCAGCCAAUGUGCAAGUUCUGAGCUUCUUCAACGCAAAGUACCAAAGCCAUUUGGACUCCGAUAGUGUACUUAGAAAAGGCCAAGAAGUCCAAGGGGACAUCGGUGCUUGUUAUUGGAUCGACAAAAAUGGGCUUCUAUCGUUUUGUGGUCGCGAAGAGUACGUUGAAUUCAAAAUCAAUAUUAUUAAGCAGGAAGUUAGGACGAAUGGCCUCGUUGGAGGACGGACCUCAAUACUCAGUGGAUAG